AUGAACUCACAACUAAUACACCACCAGAUGUUGGAAGAAACUGUAGAGAAAUUGGAUCAAGAGAUCACGUUGAGUUUACAGACGAUAGACUCUAAUUUGAAUUAUUGUUUUAGUAAGAUCACGAAGGAUAUUAUACCGCAUGUGACGCGUUACGGAACUGUUUGUGAAGAAGUUAUGGAUCAUGCCAGUUGGCUCGGUACUAUGUUUCAACAGACUGGUAAUGUCGAUUUGAGUUUACAGGGAGGCGAAAGGGCAACCGAUGGUCGUUCUAGUGUCACUCCAGAAACUUUGUUUCCAGGUCAACCUUCUGUUACCACUACGACUACUGCAAAUGAUGAGGACGAUGAGUUCCAUACGGCAAAUCUGACAAACACGGGCCACAUACUACGAUUGCCUUCAGAUUCGAGUGAUGAAGAGCCAGUAAAAAAUGGGCCUGAAGCAGACGGAAGUACGCUACAGAGACAGCGUCGUAAGAGGAAAGUUUCACUUCUUUUGCAGCAGGAAUACGGUUCGAGUUCCAGUGUUAUUGGUGUCCCGCAGAGCAAAGAUUCUUCAACAAGUGAGUAUCGUGGGUUGAUAGAUAGUUCGCCGAUGAAGCACAUUCCAAACGACGAUGAGAGUACAAAAGAGCCCAAACCUGGGACUGUUAUCCACUUUUCAACGGGAUCAUAA